CUCCACAUAAAAGUCACCCCUAACCACCCACAAGGGAGAAAUCACACCAGCAUCAGCCCAGUGUUGUUUGUGGUUUGGUGUGGCGGUCUUGUGUUCUCUAAACGCACCCGGAAAGGUUAAUUAAUUACACGCACUGUUGGUAGUUUGAUUGACACGAAACAAAACAAAAAGCUGCGGUUCGUUGGUUUUUUUGGGGGUGCUUUUCAAACCCACUGAUAAGAGUGACAAAUAGUGAAGGUUCUUCUCUCGUCAGCGUGUGAACAUUCUUCGCCAACCUCAAGCAACAUGACUGCGCUUAAGUUUUGUGCGAAUUUGAAUUUUAUGUUCCUGGAAGCGAGUUCCUUCCUGGGUCGCUACCGUGCUGCAAAGGCGGCUGGCUUCCAGGGCGUUGAAGGACCAUUUCCACCCGCCGAAAUCAAUCCGGAAUCGCUAAAAACCGUACUGGAGGAGACGGGAUUGAGGCAAAUCCUACUGAACAUUGCGCUGGGAGACGCGCAGGGUGGUCAGUUUGGGUGUGCCGCCCUGCCUGGAUGGGAGUCGGAGUUUCUCGCCAAUGUCGAACGCACCGUCGAAUACGCCAAGGCUGUCGGUUGCGGGAAAAUACACAUAAUGGCAGGUAAGCUGGAGGGUCCGGCAACGGAAGCACACGAUCGUACCUAUCUUGCCAAUCUUCGACUUGCUGCUCCGAUUUUGGAACGGAACAACAUUAUCGGUGUUAUUGAACCCAUUAACAAGUAUGCGGUGCCUGGGUACUAUCUUUCCUGUUACGAUAAGGCUGUUCAGACCAUCACCUCCGUCGGCAGUCCGAAUUUGAAGCUGAUGUUCGAUAUCUACCACGCCCAGCAUAUACGCGGGAACAUCACGAACAGCAUCCGUGAGCUGGCGUCCCACAUCGGACACGUGCAGUUGGCACAGGUACCGGGCCGAAACGAACCGGACAGUGAUGGUGAAUUGAACUUUCGCCACGUGCUACAAGUGCUGGACAGCGAGGGCCAGUACGCGGACGGCUGGGUUGGGUGUGAGUAUCGCCCGCUGACCAGUACGGUCGAAGGACUCCGCUGGUUGCGUGACUUUGGCUAUUGGCAGUGACAUUGUCAACUUGCGCCGAGGGGCCCCUUUCUUGCCACCGGAGGACUGACCGAAGCGCCUCAAACGUGUGUCAACAUUAUGCAUAAGAAAUGUGAUCAAAUAAACGGGACUGGGUGAUACAUGA